CGAAUGCAAAACAGCCUCCCUCCCUCCUCAAUCCUCUCUUUCAGUCGUGGUGCAAGCAGCCAUGUUGCCUUGAGCUUGUUCCGGUAUCAGGGCAGGAUCGUGCGCAUAGACUGCAUCGGGCGCAGCUCCUCGCCUCUCUCCCUCUCUCCCCCUGUCGCCCGUCACACGCACUUCGCAGCGAGAAAACCUGACUUUAACGAUAAUGGAUUUUACAACUUGAUGAUUCCUUCCUCCGUCGGCUGGCCACGGGAAGAAGAAGAACAGCAGUCUGGGGUACGGACAGGACGAGCUGGUGUAUAUCGCCACACUGCACUGCAGCAGUGCUGAACGACCUUAUUCCAAUCACGCAACACAAGGAAGAAGAGCGCCGGUGGUUUCCGUGGAUUUGGAGUUUGGAGGGUUGAUCUGUGGCAGGCAGGAGGAGAAGCUAACUAGCUUUGCUUCGGAGGAAACACGGAAUUAGCUAGAGCUACAUUGGCUAAUAUUGACGAGCCAGUUACUAGCUAGCACGACAGAAUAAUCCGUGUUACUCGCCUUGCCAUGUGACAUUUCUAUAUGCUGCUGCUUUUAUUUUAGGAUAUCGUGUCCUGGAUGUCUCACUGGGGACAUUUUGAAGUGUUUUUGUGAAUUGGGAAGGUCGAGACCUCGCCGGGAAUAACUUUGGCCUGAAAGUUUGCAGACCUCUCUUUAAACCUGAAAGGAAAUAUUGACAAAACGGAACAAAAAAGUGGAGACUGCGUCAUGAAAACAACUCUGGAAACAUAAUAGUUGUUUAUUCAGAGAGAGUUGUGACUCCAGCAGCCCUUAGUUAGCAGUGGUUUAGCAUGCUAAUUGAACCCUGACUUCUUCUUCAACCAUUUCCCAACUUUUCCUCAAGCUAGCUCAGGAAGCUAGCCUGCCAAAACCUAACAGCACCACUCUAAUAGAUAACUUGGCCGAUACAUCCUGAUUGGGAACUGAAUGCUUCCACACUCAGACCUUAGCUAAAGAAUAAAUUCCCUUUUUUAUGUUGACGUGCUUGUUGACAAACAUGGGACGUGCGGUUGCUGCUAGCUAGUUUCUAGCUAGCUGGCUAACUCUGCUAGCCGCUGAUGUGGGAUUCAACUUGUUGAUUCUCUGGCUCUCUGUCGUGCUGGACAUCUGUUGGAUAUUUACGUGUAUCACCAGCUACACAGAUUUUAAAUGCACAAAAGACACUAAAUAAUUUUUACACCGUUCCUUCCCCUUUUUUGGAAACAUCGACUCUUCCAAGAAUGUCAACUCGGAUCCCUCUGGUGCAAGUAAUCGAGAACUCGACCGGGCAGGAGUCCAAGUCAUCUCGCUCCAGCAUGCCCCGAUGUCGGAACUCCGUAGCUACGACCACAUCAGACGACCAACCACACAUUGGUAACUAUCGGUUGCUAAAAACCAUCGGCAAAGGCAACUUUGCCAAGGUCAAACUGGCACGACACGUCCUCACUGGAAAAGAGGUGGCCGUAAAGAUCAUCGAUAAGACGCAGCUCAAUUCCUCCAGUUUGCAGAAGCUCUUCCGGGAGGUGAGAAUCAUGAAGAUGUUGAACCAUCCCAACAUAGUCAAGCUCUUUGAGGUGAUUGAGACAGAGAAGACUUUGUACCUGGUAAUGGAGUAUGCGAGUGGAGGAGAGGUCUUUGAUUACUUGGUGGCCCAUGGUAGGAUGAAGGAGAAAGAAGCCCGUGCCAAAUUCAGACAGAUUGUGUCAGCGGUGCAGUAUUGCCACCAGAAGUGUAUAGUACACAGAGACCUCAAGGCGGAGAACCUGCUGCUGGACGCAGACAUGAACAUCAAGAUAGCUGACUUCGGCUUCAGUAAUGAGUUCACUCUGGGGAACAAGCUGGACACGUUCUGUGGAUCCCCGCCCUAUGCUGCCCCAGAACUCUUUCAGGGCAAGAAGUACGACGGGCCCGAGGUGGACGUCUGGAGCCUGGGGGUGAUCCUUUACACACUGGUCAGUGGGUCGCUGCCCUUCGAUGGACAGAACCUCAAGGAACUGAGAGAACGCGUGCUGCGUGGUAAAUACAGGAUUCCUUUCUACAUGUCAACAGACUGUGAGAACCUGCUAAAAAAGUUCCUCAUCCUUAACCCCUCCAAAAGAGGCAGCCUCGAGCAGCAGAUAAUGAGGGACCGUUGGAUGAAUGUAGGCUAUGAAGAGGAGGAACUCAAACCCUACAUCGAACCCAUGCCAGAUUAUAAGGACCCCAGGAGAACAGAAUCUGCUUCCGUGUCUGUAGACGUCAUGCUACAGAUGGGAUUCUCUCUGGAGGAGAUCCAGGACUCGCUUGUGAACCAGAAGUACAAUGAUGUGAUGGCUGCUUAUCUGCUACUGGACUAUAGGAACUCUGAGCUGGAUGAAAGUGGCAUCAAACCUCGGCCAGGAAGUGAUGUAAGCAACAUAAACGCUCCCUCCCAGCCUCACAAGGUACAACGCAGUGUGUCAUCCAAGCCUCAGAAUCGCAGAGCCACUGACCAGGGCUCCUCCCACUCCAAGAGGGGGGGUCAAGCAGACAACAGGAAUGCAGCGGAGGAUUCUGGGAGGAAAGGUUCGUCAGGCAGCUCCACUACCAAGGUGCCAGCAAGCCCUCUGGUCCCCUCUGACCGCAAGAAGAGCGCCACGCCUUCCACUAAUAGCAUCCUGUCCACUGGCACAGGUCGCAGUCGGAACUCUCCUCUGACUGAGAGAGCCACGUCUGGACAGGGCAUCCAGAACGGCAAGGACAGCCUAAACACUCCGGGCUCCCGUGCCUCCACUGCCUCGGCCGCUGCCGUUCUCUCCUCAUCCUCUACCUCGCGUCCCCGUCACCACAAGUCCCAGUCCUCCUCCAAUCAUCCAUGCCCCUCUGACCUCCAUGCACCGCGGCCCAGUGCCCCAAGUCAGCGGGCACCCGGUGCCUCUCCAUCUGCCCACAACAUCAGCAGCGCUGCCCAGUCAGACCGUCCCAACUUCAACAGGGGGGUGGGCAUCCGCAGCACAUUCCACGCAGGCCAGCAGCGGGGUGCCCGGGACCAGCAGGGCUCUGCCUACACUGGCGGGCCUGCAUCUCCAUCACUGUCACAUGGUAACAGCCAGGCCAGGAGGGCACAUGGCGCUACAGGGAUAUUCAGCAAGUUCACAUCCAAGUUUGUACGAAGAAAUCUCUCGUUCAGGUUUCCAAGAAGUCCGUAUGAGGGAGAGGGUCGGGAUGAGGGGAGCAGGUCUAUGCUGAGCAGCACAGUGGACAAGUCAGAGAAGACAUCUGGUGGUGUUCUCUCCUCUUCUUCCAACAAUGAUGAGAACAACUCCUCACCAGGAUCUGGUAACACUGGUGGGACCGGCACUCCUCCAGCCAUCACCACCCAGAAGGACUCAGCCAAGCCUCGCUCGCUUCGCUUCACCUGGUCCAUGAAGACCACGUCGUCCAUGGAGCCCAUGGAGAUGAUGCGCGAGAUCCGCAAGGUGCUCGACUCCAACAGCUGUGAGUACGAGCUGCGCGAGCGCUACAUGCUGCUGUGCGUGUCGGGAAACCCAGCGCGUGACGACUUCGUCCAAUGGGAGAUGGAGGUGUGCAAGCUGCCUCGGCUCUCCCUCAACGGCGUGCGCUUCAAACGGAUCUCGGGCACGUCCAUCGCCUUCAAGAACAUUGCCUCAAAGAUUGCCAAUGAGCUCAAACUGUGAGUGAGCAGGAGCAGCGAGGAGAGAUGAGAUGUAAGGGUGUAGGUGGGAGGAGAAAGAGGGUGAUAGCUAGGUUGAAGAUGAUGCUUUGAGCAGGGUGUGGGCAAUGUGGCGGUCAGAAAGUAAGCUAAGGGUGGGAUCACUUUUAAUAACAUGAUUGUUAUCUGGACAAAGGUCUAAAGCAGGGCUAUUGGUUCUCUGAGACUAGAAAAUGUUUCUUUUCUAGAGGUUCUGUUCCUUCAGUUCGUGAGGCCCUGCAGUUAGAAACUCUGAGUUGAUUUCCUCUGAGUUGUGAAGUACUUAUAGACCGAGGUCUUCUCUCUUCCCUGCUGGGUUUAUUUUCAUGUUCUACUUAGACGUUCCACUCUUCUGCAUGUCUGAUCUCUGUUUUUAGAAGUCACACUUUUAUCACUUUGACCACUCCUGUCACUUCUUCCUGCUAUUUAUUCUUUUUUUUUUUUCUGCACGGUUCUGCUGCCAGAUCUUUUCUGGUAGAAGGGACACAAGGUAAAGGUGGGGUUGGAUGGAGGACAAAAAGAGCAGAGGAAUUGCUGAAAUUCUUUUAAACCGUCUCUCUGAGUCUCUGACGAGUGCUGGGAGGGAAGUUUGGAGCCUUAUUUUGCUGGAAAACUCAAAAAGGAGUUUUGAUUGAACUUGUUCUUGUUCUCCUCCAAUACUGAAUGGACUCCAACUGAGCCAGGACUUUGGUUGCUGAAGCCUACUGUCUCAUGUACACACACACACAUACACACAACCAAACACACGCACACACACUCACAAAUGAACAUUGGAUGGACGAACUCUGCUGUUGGUUAAUGGACCCACCUGCCCGAACCUCCCCUCCCCACCAGAAAUGAACAUUUUAAAGAUCCAUCUAAUCCAUCCUUCCUCCACCUUCCCUUACACACACACAAACACAAACACACACACACACACACACACACACACACAUAUAAAACACUUCACCGCCCUCUCUUUCUAAUUUUAAAGUGAACUCAGCACAAACACAUCCAUCUUUUUUCACCUUUUCACUCCCUUGUUUUUCCUAAUUUCCCUCAUGUCAUCAAGUCCGAGGAGGCCAGUCAGACUUGAUGUCAUUGUUGAUUAUUCGGGCUUUCACUUUGACUUUAAGUCCAUACUUGAUUUUUUUUUUAAAUAUAAUUUUAGUUUCUUUGUCUUUUAUGGCUUUUAAAGAGUUGUGCACUGGAAAAGAGGGGCAUACAGGGGAAACUGGGGAGGGACGGACAGUUGGUGGACUGGUUGUUCCAGGAUUUAUGUUGCCUUUCUUUAUAGAAUUAAAUUUGUGGUUUCAUUUUGUUGAAUACGUCAGCACAUAAAUACUCAAGUGAUUUAUUUUUUGUAAUUUUUUUUAUUGGCUAUCUUGGUUUCGCUUCAGUUGGCAUCAUGCCUUCAUAACAAGAAUGUCAACACUGAACCGACACUUUUUUUUUGUCCCCCUUUUUUUUUUUUUCCUCCCCCAAUCCCCUCUCUGCUACACGUGUUCCCAAAGAGCAAACACACAAACAAGGUGUCUUUGGAGUAUGUAACCAACAGUGUGUGUGUGUGAGUGUAUUAUAAAAAAUCACUGGAAAACUAAAAGAAAAAAAAAAACACAAAAAGAAUCGACGAGGACGACAACGAAUGGUGAA